UUCAACGCGACUCGUCGAUCCCAAAUCUCGGCUCAGCCAUGGCGACUGCCUCGUCGCUGUCGGCUUCUACACCGGCGUGUUAUCCGGCGACGGAGACCAGUCACGUGGAUGUAUUCUGGGACGACGGAAUGCUCCGACACAACGCCGUAGAAGGUGUGUUCGACACCGGAGUGGACCCCGGGUUCUUAGAUGUGCUUGAGAAGCAUCCUGAGAACUCGGACCGGGUAAGGAACAUGGUCUCCAUCCUCAGACGUGGUCCGAUAUCUCCCUACGUCAGGUGGUUACCCGGCCGGCGAGCGAUCUUGCCGGAGCUUCUCACGUUUCACUCACCAGAAUACGUGAACAAACUAAUCGAAGCAGACAAAUCGGGAGAAAGGUGUGAAAUUGGGGGAGGAACUUUCAUGAGCCCUGGUUCAUGGGACGCUGCCCUUCUUGCAGCCGGAACAACUCUAUCGGCAAUGCAACAUAUCCUUGAAGGCCAUGGAAAGAUCGCCUAUGCUCUUGUACGACCCCCGGGUCACCACGCACAGCCUACUCAAGCUGACGGGUACUGCUUCCUCAACAAUGCGGGCAUAGCAGUGAACUUGGCCUUGAACUCGGGUUGUUGUUCCCGAAUUGCGGUUAUUGACAUCGAUGUGCAUUACGGAAAUGGAACAGCCGAAGGGUUUUACAGAUCAGACAAAGUUCUUACGGUGUCUCUCCAUAUGAACCAUGGGUCAUGGGGGCCGUCUCACCCUCAGAACGGGUCAGUUGAUGAGCUUGGUGAAGGUGAUGGGUACGGGUAUAAUCUGAACGUGCCUUUACCUAAUGGGACCGGUGAUCGGGGUUAUGAGUAUGCCAUGGCCGAGCUGGUGGUUCCUGCGGUCAGAAGAUUUGCUCCCGAUAUGGUUGUGCUGGUUUUUGGCCAGGACUCGAGCGCUUUUGAUCCGAACGGGAGGCAAUGCCUGACGAUGGACGGAUACCGUAGGAUCGGGGAGACGGUAAGGGAGCUGUCGGAAGAAUUCGGGAGGGGGCGGCUGCUUAUCGUGCAGGAAGGCGGUUACCACGUAACCUACUCUGCCUAUUGCCUUCACGCACUGCUCGAGGGAGUGUUGAAGAUUCAAGAAACCCUGCUCUCUGAUCCACUCUAUUCUUACCCUGAAGAUGAAGCUUUUGCCGUUAAGGUUGUCGAUUCCAUCAAAAGCCACCUCCUUGAAGCUGCUCCUCUUCUCUCCCGCACUUGAAUUUGGAGAUGCACCAGUCAUUUAAUUUGCAUAAAAAUUGUAAUAUUUUGCAGUAAAAAACCCAUCAUAUUUGAUAAGAAGUUAUGUCAUGAUCUUAAUAUUAUACUGUAAAAUUCGAACAUGGAUACUUUUAGAAGACUGUAUGUAUAUAUUGAAGAUGCUUAUACGUCAGAAUGACAGUAGGGAGUGUCACA